AUGCUGGGAUGGGGCAGCUGCCUCUGGAAACGGCCAAGUCCUCUCUGGCUGCAGGAGCAGCAGCGGCAGCGGGGGGUGGGGUGGGGAGGAUUAGGUGACAGUCCCCUACCCAGCCCGGAACUAACACCUCCCCUUACUCCCUCUCCCAACCUCAACGCUCAGAAUAACCGAGGACCGGACGGCGGGAUGGCGGGGGCUGUGCUGGGUGCCCUGCUCCUCCUGGAGCUCCUCGGUGGAGGUGACGGCAAGAACGAAGAGCUACGUCUGUACCACCAUCUUUUCGACAACUAUGACCCAGAACGCCGGCCGGUGAAGGAGCCUGAAGACACUGUCACCGUCACCCUCAAGGUCACCCUGACCAACCUGAUCUCACUAAACGAGAAAGAGGAGACCCUCACCACCAGCGUCUGGAUUGGAAUCGACUGGCAGGAUUACAGACUCAACUUCAGUAAGGACGACUUCGGGGGCAUAGAAACCUUGCGGGUCCCUUCGGAGCUCGUGUGGCUGCCUGAGAUCGUGCUGGAAAACAACAUCGACGGCCAGUUCGGCGUGGCCUACGACGCCAACGUGCUGGUCUACGAGGGCGGCUACCUGAGCUGGCUGCCCCCGGCCAUCUACCGCAGCAGCUGCGCCGUGGAGGUCACCUACUUCCCCUUCGACUGGCAGAACUGCUCGCUCGUCUUCCGCUCGCAGACGUACAACGCCCGAGAGGUGGAGUUCGUCUUCGCCGUGGAUGAGGAGGGCGAGACCAUCAGCAACAUCGACAUCGACACCGAGGCGUACACUGGUGAGGCCCCCUUCUGCUCCGAAAACCCGCCUCUAGUCGGGGCCCAGACAGGGGACACUCACCGAGGGGGGCUGCCCCGGGCCACCGACACUGGGCCUUGGCUUUGGCAGCCGGGCUCGACCUUGACCCCCCUCCCGAAACCACCCUCGACAGUGAGCCCGGCAUGA